AUGCGUGAUGACGGAGAGUUGAACAAUGGCCAUGCCGGAAAAGGACUCCAGGUCAUUCAUGUCGCCCUUUUCCGCAUGGCAACGCAGUCCUUCGCAGAGGCGUACAGAACCCUGGGCUACAAGACUCACCACGGCGUAGAGGACAUUCUAGGAAAUCCCUGGGUUGAAAUCGAACAGGCUGCAGAGGCAACAUGGCCAACUGUGCCCAAUGCGCGUCCUAGGCCACGAUUCACGCGAAGUGACUGGGACAAUCUCUGGGGGGACAAGUAUGACAUCGUCACCGACUUGGCCUGCCCUUUCACCGACCAGCUCAUCCAGGCUUACCCCGAUGCAAAGAUUGUCGUUGUUCAGCGCGACUUUGAUAGUUGGUGGAACAGCUACCAGGUAGGCGUGUUGGACAAGUUGUUCUCCCCCGGCCAGCAGAUCUUCGUCUUCCUCAUCAGGAACGUGCUCGGGUCGCGAGCCGCCGACGCCAUGCUCAAGGUGAAUUACGGGCUUUUCAAGGCCACAAGCGUAGCCGAGAUUCGAGAGCAUGCCCGUGAAGUCUAUGACGAGUACUACAGGAAGAUUCGGGAAACUAUACCUGCGGAGAAGCGGUUGGAAUACACCAUGGGGGAUGGAUGGGAGCCUCUGUGUGCAUUCUUGGGCAAAGACGUCCCGGAUAUACCGUUCCCGCGCCUGAAUGACAGCAAAGCGCGCAGCGAGAGCCAGCGACAGGGCGAGGUUACGGUGCUGUUGAAAUCUGCGAGAAAAUUUGCGUUGUUGGGUGUUGGCGCUGGCAUAAUUGCGACAUCCUUCUGGUAUUAUGCGCAGGCGUAG